AAAAACGUCAACGUCUGUAAAGGGUUGGGAUAAAGUAUGGAACCAAAGGCAUCAUUAUACUCCUCAUAGUAGCUCGAAGGUGGUUCCAUUAAAAUUAAUUAAUUAAAUCAUGGAAAUAAUGUUAAAGCUUUUCGUCCAUCGAUGAGAUGGUGAUUUGAUAGAUUCGCAGGAACAGAAUUGUUCAAACAUUUUUGAAAAUUCAUUUCAUCGGAUGUACCAAUGAAAAUUUCGUGCGAAGAAGUUAUCUCAUCCAGAAAAGUAAGAAAUGCUAAGUGUAAAGAUAAACAUGAUGUAGUGGAAGAGGAAGCACCAAAAAUACUAGAGAAAAUGUCAGAAAUAAUUUAUAGGAAAGGAAAAAAUAUUCCAGAAUUCACAUUGAACACAGAAAUCAUUAUCUUUGCGAGUGGAGAUAUCAUUUCAAAUGAAAAUGAAACUGAUAUGGAGGAUUUGGUGGAAACAAGUUCAAUUGUUCAAGAGAAAGACUUUAAUUUCUGUUUGAGAAAUGAGUACGAAGACGACAGUUAUCUUCACGAUAGGAGAAUGGAGCAAAAAUAUUCACUUCCUCAUAAUUUUUUUGUGGUUGGCCAGAUAAAUCCAGUACGGAGAGAAAUAAUUUUGAAUUAUCUUCUCCAGUUUUGCAAUUUCCUGCAGAUAUCCACAGAAAUCCUGCAUCUUUCUGUAACAAUUUUUGACAGAUUUUUACAAAAAGCAGAAGAGAUUCCUGAGGAACUUCUAAAACUGUCUGUAGUGGCAACAAUUAGAAUUGCAUUGAAACUUGGACAUGUUCAAAUCGAUUUGCCUGAAACAUCUGAUAUUGUUCUGUUAACAGGUGAUGAUUAUCCUCCUUGGAAAAUUUUAGCCAUGGAGAAAAAGAUAUGUCAUGUUUUGGAAUUCAAUUUAUUAUAUCCCACACCAUAUUCAUUUCUAAGAAGAUUCGACGAUUUAAUUCGAAUGUCAGAGCUGCAACGUAAUCUAGCAAUGUACCUACUAGAAAUAAAUAUUCUGAAUUAUAAAACAUUCACAAUAAAGCCCUCUCUUCAAGUAGCGGCAGCAUGUUGUUUUUCUGUAGCUUUUUUUAGAAAUGAGACUGUGACAAAUAUAUGGACUACAGAGAUGGAAUAUAUAACUUUCUAUUCCAUAAGAACUAUAAACUCUAUUAUUCAAAAAAUGAUCAAUGGACUAAUAGUUAUGGGAAAAUCAGGUCUGAAGUCGACUGUGUGCAAAAAAUAUUCACAACAAAAAUAUUUUUUCAUCAGUACUUUUGAAGAAAUAUAUGAUAUUGACCUCCUGAAAAAGUUUUUAUAAUCAACUUUCAAUCUAAAACAUUUUGAAAGACUGUUUCUAGGAUCCUAGAUUUCUAGGACGAUUCUUCCCAGUGAUUCCUUCUACUUCUAGUUCAAAUUUAACAUAUUUUUCGAAAAGUUUUGGGAUAUAACAAAUAUCAACAACAUUUUCUUGCAAAUUGAAUUCAAUUUUUUUUAUAGAGUGAAAUGUUUUCUGCAGUAUUUCUGGACCUUCUAUUGAGGACGAUUGAACGAAUUGUGUCUCUCUCUCUAUCUCUGAGAGAUCAGAUUAUUGAUGAGAAAUACCCAAAAGUUGGCUAUUAUUCAUCCAUUUCUAAUAGCUUCAUUUGAUUUUUCAGAAUCAUUUGCGAUAGUAAGAUCUGGUCAUUUACAACUUAGUGUACUUAUCAAUAGUAUUUUGUUUCUCCACUAUAAUAGCCUAGCGAUAUGUCAAAAAUAAAUUAUUAUUAAGAAAUAUAUGAUAAUUAGGCAUAAUGCUCAUCAUCAGAACAACAAAACGCAUCUUAGAAUACGAUUCAGUAUGAUGUGACAGCAUAGGUACGUGUAUUCCGAAUAAUUUUAUUUUUUGCAGUUGAUCUAUAUUCCCUUUUGGGCUUAUUACGACACAACUCAGAACUUUGUACUUCAUUUUUCAACAUUAAUAAAAAAUUGAUUUUGUAUAAUUUUGUGCGAUGUGAGUGUUAUCUAUGUACCUAUAUUCAAUAUACCUAUGUACUUACUAUACAUAUUUAUGCAAUAAAUUAAUUUAAUCAACAA